AAGAUAAAAAGUUUGGGAACCACUAAUUUAGAGUAUGUGUGKGAAUGAUCUGAUCAUCUGACUGUUGACUGCAGCAGAUAUUAUUAGCAGAAAAAUAGAGGGCCUCAAAAUCACAUUUUGCUUAGGGCCCCAUGCAGGCUCGGUCCGGCCCUGUUUCAGGCAGACUGUAGCUGUAGAAACUACAGAGAAAUGUUCUGUUUUGGUCUCACAAGCUCUACUCCGAGAGAAAGAUACAAAUCAUUACAGUUUUCACGGAUGUAGCACACAACGACCACAGGAUGGCAGACUAAACAAACAAAUAAAAUAAAAUAAAAAACAUUGCAGAAGCUCGCUGUGUUGCCUUCAAGUGCUUUUACUUCUAACUGGACUAAAAACAUGCAACACGUAGCCUAUAGCUUUUUGCUGGAACUUAAUAAAUGRAUAGAUUAGUCAAAUUGUGUCUCAUAAAUUGCUACAGAAAAAGUGUUUUUGUUAUUUUAUUCCUGGACACACUAAGUUUGAAUUUCACCGGUUGAAUCCGAUUCAGAAACUCGAACAGACCCUGAAGGCAUCAUCACCACGUGAGACCGGGGGAGUUCAGUCUGAGUCCUGCAGCCAGCCGGCCGAAACGGAGCGGAGGUCAACCRGGCGUGAGUGUGCAGACUUCCAGCUUCCAUGGCAGCUUCUGCAGGAGCCGGAGCACCAAGCUGAAGGUCCAUCGUGGGACCCUGCAGCUCCCCUAGUGAACCCCAACCCUUGAAGAUCUAUCUGACUCAAGGAAACCAUGGGACUCUUCCCGGUUUACUCCACUACAUUCCUCUUUCUCCUCCUUUCUCUGCUCCUCCUCUGCUACCCCUGCAUCUCCCUCAGGUCUCAGGUCAUUGAACGAGCAGUCAGUCCUGAGCAGACCCACUCCUCGAAUAACACCACAGUGUUUGAAAAGAAGAAAUGUGCAGGUGUUGUGGUGUGUAAACCUGGUAUUCUGUUGCCGGUGUGGUUGCCACUCAACCCUCCACUAGGGGAGCAGGCAGGAAGGGCUAUCAUCUACUUCUUGUGUCUCAUGUACAUGUUCCUGGGUGUGUCCAUCAUUGCAGACCGCUUCAUGGCAUCAAUAGAAGUCAUUACCUCUCAGGAAAAACAGGUGACCAUCACCAAACCCGACGGUGAAACCACGGUGACAACUGUACGAAUCUGGAACGAGACUGUGUCUAAUCUGACACUUAUGGCCCUGGGCUCCUCUGCACCAGAGAUCCUGCUCUCUGUCAUUGAGGUUUGUGGACAUAACUUUGAAUCAGGGGAGCUUGGCCCAGGCACCAUCGUGGGAAGCGCAGCCUUUAAUCUGUUUGUGAUCAUUGGUAUUUGUGUGUGGGUGAUCCCUGAAGGAGAAUCUCGCAAGAUCAAACACCUGCGAGUGUUCUUCAUCACAGCUUUCUGGAGCAUUUUUGCCUACAUUUGGCUCUACCUCAUCCUGGCUGUAAUCUCACCUGGGAUUGUAGAGGUGUGGGAAGCUGCAGUGACACUGUUGUUCUUUCCGGUAUGUGUCAUGUUAGCAUGGAUUGCUGACCGACGUUUAUUUUUUUACAAAUACAUGCACAAGCGSUACCGUGCCAACAAGAGGCAUGGCAUAGUGGUAGAAAUGGAAGGGGACAAUUCCUUCAAGGACGUUGACAUUAUCAUUGAUGGAAAAUUGUCAGACGGCAGUUUGUGUCCUGGAAACCAGUCUAGUGUGGCUGUGUCUGUGCAGACGGGUGGUGAACUAGAUCAGAACAAAGAAGAGGUGCAUCGUAUUUUGAAAGAUCUGAAGGACAAACACCCAGAUAAAGACCUGGACCAGCUGAUUGAGAUGGCAAACUACUCUGCUCUAGUUCACCAGAAGAAGAGUCGUGCCUUCUACCGUGUCCAGGCAACACGCAUGCUGAUAGGAGCUGGAAACAUAUUAAAGAAACAUGCUGCUGAUCGCAGACAACGUGCAGAAGGACAAGAUGCUGAAAAAGCAACAUGCUCAUAUAUUUGUUUUGAAAGUUGCCAAUACCACUGCACUGAAAACUGUGGCUCUCUGACUCUGGGAGUGAUCCUUGAUGGUGGCACAGGCCAGGACACAUUUUAUGUUGACUACUGUACAGAAAAUGGGUCUGCCAAUGCUGGAUCUGACUAUGAAUUCACGAAAGGAACUUUGGUAUUUAAACCAGGGGAAACUCGAAAAGAGAUCAAGGUGGGUAUCUUGGAUGAUGAAAUCUUUGAGGAAGAUGAACAUUUUUCUGUACGUCUUUCGAAUCUGAGGUUAGAAGAGGGAGGAAAUGAAGGAACAGGAACCCCACCCAAGGGUAGACUUGUAGAGCCACAGGUUGCUAUCAUCACUAUCCUGGAUGAUGAUCACGCUGGAAUCUUUACUUUUGGGCAGCAGGUACUGAGAGUAAGUGAGAGCACCGGUAUCCUUACAGUGACUGUGCUGAGGAAUUCUGGCUGCAGGGGCACAGUUGCUGUGCCAUAUCAUACAGAGGACGGCAGUGCCAAGGCUGGAGUGGACUAUGAGGAGGCCAGGGGAGAGGUGGAAUUUACCAACGAGCAAACCAGUCAGMCAUUACAGGUUCGGAUUCUAAAUAUGGAAGAAUACGAGAAGCAGGAAAACUUCUUCAUCAUUCUUGAAAACCCCAAGUGGCUGAAGCGAGGAUUUUCUGCACUACUACUUAACCAGGGAAACCCCACCCCUGAGGAGGAAGAAGCCAGGAGGAUUUCUGAAAUGGGCAAACCCAUUCUAGGAGAGCACAGCAGGCUGGAAGUCAUUAUAGAAGAAGCAUGCAGUUUUAAGAAUACUGUGGACAAACUCCUCAAAGACACAAAUCUGGCCUCUGUGAUCGGCACCCACUCAUGGAGGGAGCAGUUUGUUGAAGCAGUGACCGUAAGUGCAGGUGAUGAAAAUGAGGAGGGAGAAGCACAUCAAACACCCAACUGUUUUGACUAUUUCAUGCACAUACUGUGCAUUUUCUGGAAGAUUCUGUUUGCUUGUGUCCCGCCCACUGAAUACUGGAAUGGCUGGGCAUGCUUUAUUGUGUCAAUCUCUGCCAUUGGCAUUUUGACAGCCGUUAUUGGCGACCUUGCUUCCCAUUUUGGCUGCACCGUUGGCCUGAGAGACAGUGUCACUGCAGUGGUCUUUGUUGCGCUGGGGACUUCACUUCCUGACACUUUUGCCAGUAAAGUGGCUGCCACCCAGGAUCAGUAUGCUGAUGCAUCUGUGGGAAACGUGACUGGAAGCAAUGCAGUUAAUGUGUUUCUGGGCAUCGGUGUGGCCUGGACCGUGGCUGCUGCAUACUGGGAGGUCAAAGGAAAGGCCUUCCAUGUUGAUCCUGGAUCUUUGGCCUUCUCUGUCACACUUUUCACAAUUUUUGGCCUCUUCAGUAUGGGAAUAUUGAUGCUACGCCGAAGGCCAUCUGUAGGUGGUGAACUAGGAGGGCCACAGGUUCCCAAAGUCCUGACUUCUUUGCUCUUAUUCGGACUCUGGUUUCUCUACGUUCUGUUUUCCAGCCUGGAGGCCUAUUGCCAUAUACAAGGCUUCUGAGGGAGCGCAGCUGGAGAAAGUCACAUUUGCACACUGAUGAACACUUCACCGGGGCCUUCACCAUGAACUCUGUUGUGACACUAACUAUCUGUAGGAAUCAAAGUCACGAUGUGACAACUGCUGCCAUGCUUCAUAAAACACACUACACUCAUAAAUGUAGAUCAGUUUGAGUCCAUUGCAGGACUAUUCAAGUUGCACUGAUGAAUUUCUUUUAGAUUAAAUGAACGUUUGUCAUAAAGAACUAACAGUGGGUUAUGCGCUUCCAUCUCAUGGCUUUGAGGGUUGACGUUUCUCCACGUUAUAAAGUGGGAUCAUGUUAAAACAACUUAAUUUAACAACUUAUGAAAAUGAGCUGUGUAAGGGUAGUAUCUCACUGGGCUGCAACUUGUUGUGCCCUAUGAAAUUUUGUUAUUUCCAAAGCUGUUUAUUUAUCUGUUUAUUGAUAUUUUUAUUCCUUGUUUUAUAGUGUAACCACAUUCUGUCACAUAAAGGGUCUUAACUUAUAGUGAAUUAACAUCUCAACAGAUUUAUAAAAAAAAGUUUAAGAACUAUAUGAAAUUUGACAAUUUAAAAAAAAUACCAUCUCUUUCAUAGAAUAAAAUUUGUACGUGUUUUACAAUGUAAACAAAAACAGAAUGCAAUGAUUUGCAAAUCUUAUAAAUCCAUAUUUUUCACAAUGG